AUGAGGAAAUUAAUGGAAUAUACCCAAGUGCAUAGAACAUGCGAACUCAAAGAUUCAAGAGACUUUGACACUCUUUGUUCGUAUCAAAGCUGAAAAAGGCUUAACUACUCGAUUUGAUAGUAAGUUUGGUGGCACCCCUUACUUUCUACUUGGCAUGGAAUAUCCCUGUGAUACAAAUGGUCUACCCAUGAAACUACUGGCACAAAUCAAUUUUGAACAAGUGCCACCAAUACCAGAUUAUCCAGUCUCGGGUAUACUUCAAUUUUAUUUGAGCGUGAGGCAUGAUUCAUAUGGACUUGAUUUCGGCGAUGAAGGCGUGCAGAAAAAUUUUCGGGUACUAUAUUUUGAAAACAUCAUACGUGAUGAAGAUAAGAUCUUAACUGACUUUGAAUUCACAAAAGUAACACCAGGAAAAGAUGUAUUUCCACUUUUAGCCGGUUCAGAGGCAAAGUUAUCAUUCAGUCUGGAUGAAGAGUUCAUGAACCUAGGGGAUUUUCGCGUGAAAGAUGCGAUUGGGAUAGAUGAAGAUGAAUGGGACUCUGAUCUUCAGGAUUACUAUGAAGUAAGUACAGAGGCAGCUAUAGGCCAUAAAAUAGGCGGCUAUCCAUGGUUCACGCAAUGGGAUCCUCGCGGUGUAUUAAAAGGCCUUACAAACUAUACGCAGUUACUCCUUCAGAUUGACACUGAUGAUGAUAUUGAUUGUCACUGGGGAGACGGGGGCGUGGGAAACUUUUUCAUUGCAUCAAAUGAUUUGAGAGAAAAAAACUUCUCAAAAGUUUUGUACAACUACGAUUGUAAUUAG